UUCCCCUCAGGAAUCUUACAGGGCACCUCAUCUCUACUCCUGGCAUUUGACGAGUCAGAAGUUCGGAAGAUUAUCCGCGUGUGCAAGAGUGUGUUGGAGUAUCUGGCCAUCACAGAAGUUGUCGACAGGAUGGAAGACCUGGUCACUUUUGUCAAAAACCUGAGCCCGGUGCUGACCAAGAUGACCAAAGAGGUGGACAACCGGGAGAAGGAGCUGACCCAUCAGGUGCACCGCGACAUGCUGGUGCGCUCGCUGGAGCAGGUCAAGGUGCUCACCCCUGUGCUCAUCAGCGGCAUCAAGAUCUUCAUCACCGCCGGCCAGUCGGGCCAAGGUCUGAAGGAAGCCCAGAACAACCGCGACUACACGGUGCGCAAGAUGUCGGACGAGAUCCACGAGAUUAUCCGCGUGCUGCAGCUGACCACGUACGACGAGGAGGAAUGGGACGCUGACGACCUGACCGUCAUGAAGAAGGCACAGAACGCUAUUGAGGGCAAGAUGAAGCCUGCCCACGACUGGCUUGCCGAUCCGGCUGCUCUGGUUGGAAGCCUCGGUGACAAGGCCCUCCGACAGAUCAUCGACGACUCGCGCAAGAUUGCUGAGCGCUGCACCAACCCGGCCGACCGCGACAUGAUUCUACGCAGUGCCGGGGAUGUGGAGAGUAUGGUCAACGCUUUGUCGGAGCUCAGGCAGCAGGGCAAGGGCAACAGUCCACAGGCCAUGUCGCUGGCGCGCGGCAUCCAGGACAAGCUGCGGGAGCUACAGCAGCAGACGGCGCAGGGCAUCGCCAACACAGAGCGAUCGGGCAUCCGCAAACCCGCACCCACGGUGGACGGCAAGGUGGAGCAGGCCCGUCAGUGGCUGGCCAACCCAGGGAUGGACGACAAGGGGCUCGGCGAGGCGGCCACCCGCAUGGUGGUGAACGAGGGCCGUAAAGUGGCCAACUGCUGCACCGGCCCCCAGAGACAGGAGCUCCUGCGACUGUGCGAUGAGGCAGAGAUACUCACCAAUCAGCUGUCGGAUCUAUGCAAGAGGGGCCAGGGUAACGGCCCGCAGGCCCGAGCCAUCGCCCGCAACCUGUCGGAGAAGCUCGCGUCUCUCAAGGCCAAGAUCCAGGAGGCUCUGGUGAGCCAGGUGGCGGAGGACUUCAUCGACACCACCACGCCGCUCAAACAGCUCAGCGAGGCCGCGGUUGUGCCCCUUGGUGCCCCCGGUCGCGAGGACAACUUCGAGGCCAAGGUUCGCCAGUUCCAGGACCACUCCAACCGCCUGGCAGACACCGCAAACUCGGUGGCCACCGCGGGCGGAUGUCGCAACAAGCAGACGGUGGAGGCCAUCUUCAAGAACUCCAACCAGAUCAACGACUUGACGCCCCAGGUGAUCAACGCGGCCCGCGUGCUCUUCUCCAACCCCAACAACCAGGCGGCCGUGGAGCACUUUGACCUGCUUAAGAAGCAGUGGUCGGACAACAUGGACCGUCUGCGAUCCCUCGUGGAUGAGGCUGUGGACUCGGAGGCUCUCAUCCGGGCCGAAGAGGAGGGCAUCCUCAGGGACACAGAGAGGAUCGAGGAGGGUAUUCGCGCCCGCAACUCGCCACAGAUCGCCACCGGUGCGUCCAACAUUGCCCGACGGGCUGACCGCGUGCUGCAGGUGGCAGAGAUGGAGGCUCAGAACAGCGAGGAUCCCAACUUUGUGGACCGAGUCAACCAGGCCUCGGAGAUCCUCUCCUCCACGAUCACUCCAGACGUCCAGAUGGCCAAGGCCGUAGCCAUGAACCCAGCCGACUCAGCGGCCGCCUCUAACUGGAGGAAGAACAACCAGGCUCUUAUCGACGCGGUCGGCGGUGUUCGUAACGCCGUCACAGUCCACCCCAAGGGCAACAUCUACGACGACCGCUUCCCCCCGCCCCCGGAUAUGUCCCAGCUGCAGAUCUCAGGUGACGGAGCACCCCCUCGCCCACCCCUGCCCCACGAGACAGCUCCCCCCCGCCCCCCACCCCCGGAGACAGACGAUGAAGACGACUCCGCCUUCCCCAUCCCUCAGGCCAACCAGCCCAUCAUGCUCAUGGCCAAACUUAGUCAGCUCGUCCGAGGCGAGGGCGGGACCAAGAAGGAUCUGAUCGCCACCGCUAAAGCCAUCGCCGAGGCCUCGGAGGAAGUGACCAGGCUGGCCAAGAAGUUGGCGGCCGAGUGUACAGACAAGAAGAUGAGGAUGAACCUGCUGAACGUGUGUGAGAGGAUCCCCACCAUCGGCACGCAGCUCAAGAUUUUGUCCACAGUCAAAGCCACCAUGCUGGGAGCCCAAGAGCCUCUGGUCGGCCCAGAUGGGAGCGACAUUGCCUGUGGCUCAGAGGAAGACCAAGAGGCGACGGAGAUGCUUGUGGGGAACGCACAGAAUCUGAUGCAGGCCGUGAAGGAGACGGUGCGCACAGCAGAGGCCGCGUCCAUAAAGAUUCGCGUGGACUCCGGAUACACGAUCCGCUGGGCCCGCAAGAGGCCUUGGUACACAUAAAUCAUUACGUGUGUGCGCGCGCCGGUCGGGAGCAAGUCAUCUCGUGCCCACCCGCUUGUGUGUUGCUGGCUAAGCAAGCACACACACGCACAUACACAUAGACAUACACAUGUACACAUACACACACACACACACUCACUGCUACACACGCGCACAGAUGUGCUCAUGUACACAUGGACACAAGUACAUGCUUUUAUACACAGCACAAUCGCACGCAUAAGCAUGUACAAUGGUACACCUACAAACACACAAAAAAAACCUCUCUCUCUCACACACGCGUACACAAACACACACACACACUGACCUAUGCAACAAGAUAGCCCGAGAGGUUCUGGCUUGCCAUCAGUCCCUACGGGUUAUCUUCUUGCAUGGUGUAGGCUUGUUUAUCCAUAGGCAUUAUAUUAUUAUUAUUAUAAUAAUUAUUAUCAUUAAGUUAUACUAUAAUUACUCCACUUAUUAUUAUCAAUAUUUGCUGGAGUCAGGAGCCUGGGCCUGCCUAUGUAGCGUGUCUCGUUUCUGUCCAUCAUAACAUCAUACACACAGGUACAUAUAUACCUACGGAAACUUUUUCUUUGUCUCGUGAGACAGCUAACACGGCUUUUGUGGUCUCGGAGACUUGACCUAGUUUUUAUGGUGUAGGCGCCGUAAGAGACGCAAAAGUCGGGGGGGGGGGGGGUAUUUCUGUAUCUUUCUAGACAGCCGUUUGAACAAUUUGUCACUGCGACGUUCCUUCUGUUGUUGAUGUGAAACAUGAAAGUUGUUUUUUUGUUUUUACACGCUAGACUGAUUUUUCGCACAAUCCGUCUUUGUUUUUAAAAUCAACAUUUUUUUUUUUUUUAAAUUGUCUCCAUCUUAAUCAGUGAUUGUAGUGAAAUUACAACUUUCAGUUUAAUUUCUGUUCGAUUUUUAAAAAUUACAUGAACUGAAAAUGUAUGAACUGAAACCAAAUGUCGGGGAAGUUCAAAGACCUCCUGUGACAUUUUUGUAAGACCAAAUUGUGACGGUGGUGUUUGUGGAGGUAAAGAAUAUCUUUAGUCGUAGCUUUCGUAAAGUGUCUCGAGUCAUGGUUGAGUCACUUCUGCACUGUGGUUUGAAUUUUAAUAAAUAGAGUUUGUGGACAGGGUUGUCGUUGAUUCAUGGCACGUUUGUCCAGGAGGAUGGAGACACCAUUUUUUUCAUUCUGGCGCACGUGAUUCUAUUUUUAAGAGGCGGAUUCGGAAAAGGGAAAACCAUCAGUUUUAUAACUGUUUUAAAAAGACAAUUUGAAAUAUGUUACCGAAUUUCCUUCUUGCGCAUUUGACUUGAUCAUAAAGUUACAUUCUGUGUGUUUUUGAAAAUUUGUCAGCCUCCUUAUAGAGCCGUCUAAGGGUUUGAGUUUAGUUGUUUUUUAAAAUCUAAGAAACAGACAGUAGCAAAGACGUGCGUGACACUGUCACUUCUUCGUGUUCCGGUGUGCUGUUACGAACCAGUCAUUUCUCACUUCACAGUUUUCACUGUAGCGUAUGUCUGUGUGGACUGCUGUAGAUGUUUGGUGUCACAACGGGUGAGGCGAGCUACCAACCACACAUGCAUUUAUUACAGUACACCACUGGUAGCUUUUCACCGAGUCCGUCGCCAUGUUGUUUGUUUGUUUGUCUUUAGUACCGUAGAGUGGUGGUCAGUGAGUGGGCGAUAGGUAGACAGUCCCUGAGUGAGCUGGUCGGAUCUCUGCGACAUGCUCUUCAAAUGUUCUUAAGCCCAAGAAACCAUAUUUUUCAGUUGAGAGGAAAAAAGUUUCAUCAAAGGAAUCGUGCCCGUACCUACUUUAUGUGAAUUGGUGUGUUUAUUUUUUUCAUUAUUUAGAGUUUGAAUUGCUUCGAAAUAUUUUUCGAGCUCAUGAAACCGUUAAGAAAAUUUAAAAAAAUAAAAAUUUCCAGACUUUUGGGCUUUGUACAUUUGAACAGCCGGUCGCCGAUAUGUGUGUGUGUGAGAAUCUGUUGGAUUGUUUGAUUGUUUUUGUAGUUUUGUUUUCUAAGAUUUCACAGACUGGUGCUAGAGAGUACGUCUGACCUUGGCGUCAGGCUGCUCUUUGUUUGUGCGGUGAAAUGUUUGUUCUUUGUGAAAGGUUUUAGUCGUUUUUUCUUAUGGAGAGGGAGGGGAAAGAUGUUAGGUCGUUUUUUAAAUAUUGUCUAUGCUUGUCGAAUUAGUGGCUUUCAUAGUGGGCACAACGAAACUGGGAACUUGAGAGUGAAUGAUGCUUCCUUUUUUUAAAUGUUUGUAUUACCUCAUUUGUUUGUUUUAAUUUGAGCAGUAUGACAGCUGGCAAUAAUAAUUAUGCUUUAAAACCAAUUUUGUUGUUGUGUGUCUUGUAAUUUGUAUCAUAGUGUAGCCUCAGCAGCUCGCCACUGAAGUUUCUUUUUAAAAAUUUGUUGUUCAGUAUUGUUUCUUCAACGCUACUUGUUAUGGUAGUCGUUUACAACAGUCCUUGCUUCAGUUUCUUUUGUUGUUUUUUGUCAACCUAUCCCGGUCCCCACCUCUAGUGUACUUAUUAUAAAGUAUUCAAAUGUCAACUAUUCAUAUUAUCAUGUUGUUUUAAAGUAUUUAACAAAGUUGAGUCGUGGUGAAGCGUGAUGAGGUGUGGGGAGAAUCUUCAUCGAGUAUCUCGGCCUUUCUGCCGAGAUGUUGUAUCCCCCCCCUCUCAGUCCCCAGACUGGUCCUGAGUGGCAGGGUCGGAAGCCGGCCUCCUAAAUGAUCUAAAUUGUGUCGAUGAGGUGUAAAAAAAACCCCCCAGCACGUACAUGAAAUUAUUAGAAAGAAAGAGGAAGUCAGACUCGGUGUGCGUCGUUUCUUUCUUGUGCAGCAAUUCUCAAACAGCAAUAAUCAUGUAAACCCCACGCUAAAUUACAAGUGGGACAGUCCACGAUCUGUGAAUGUGGACACGACCAAGAGCAUGCCUACCAUAUCCUUCAGCACUGCCCGCACUACGCCUCCCUUCGAACGCAGACGUGGCAGAAUGUGACUCCCCUUGAGAGACAGCUGUAUGGCAGUCUCUCAGAUUUGAAGCGGACUGCACAGUUUGCGCGUGACAUCGGACUGACUGUUUAGCUGCUGUCAUCGAAAAUGAGGAAGAAGAAGAAGAAUGUAAACCCCCACCCAAGUAUAUGUUGUUCUAUAUGCUCGGCAUAAUAUACUGUUGUGUAGACGUUCUUGCCCCCGAGUUAUCUACGCUGAGAUAUCACAUAAUAACACUUGUGCCAGCCAGCUAUAAAUAGGUACCGUACUAUCUUUUGCUACUGUUGCCAUUAUCGUUUUAUCUGCACCCCACCCAUCCACCCACCAAAACCGCUUUCAGUUUCCUAAGUGUUUGAAUGUCUUGGUUCCAGUUUGAAAGUUUGCAUCAAAGCUGGACGAAGAUGUAUUAUUCAGUUGAUGUCUUCCCCAAAUUAUUUACAAUUUAAAAAAAACUUGUGACGUAGGGGCUGAAUUUAUUUUUUUUGAUAGGGAGAAGUAGGAUUUUUUGUUUCUGAAUUCUGUGCCUUUUUGCUUUGGUGCCAACUUUUUGUAUGUUGGCAGAUAGACAGACGGACAGCUAGACUGACUGACAGACAGACGGACAGACAGACAGACAGACAGAAAGCGGUGGGGACUGUUCCUGUGUCAGCUAUGCAAUAUGUUUGUUUACAUUCGUACGGUACAGUCUGCCUAGAUAGACUCUACCAGUGUGAUUUCUUUCCUAUCUGUGUUUUAAGUAAGGCUUGGGUUCUCUGUGUUCAUUUUGAAUUCAUUUCUGUUUUGACCUUUUCUGUGAGCGCGUGCUUCUGUGUGUUGUGUUUCUGAAUGCUCUAUUAUUAAAUUUUAUCUCUUUCUUUGCUGAAGCUUUUCUGUUUGUUAUAUGUGGGGCUUUUUUAAUGUUAAGGCAAAAAGUUAAGCCUCCCGCAGUUAUGCUGCUUGUGAGUAACCGAUUGUUUUCGAUCUAUUUUUAGAGAAAAUCACACUUGAUGGUGUGGACCGUUGCUUCAGAUCUGACACUGGCUUGACUUAAUUGUGAUCGAUGGGUGUUUUAUUUUUUAGAUGUUUUUCUGGGUUAUUUAUGUUCGUUUUUGUUUUGUUUUGUUUAUUUUGUAGGCGUAAUUUGGUCCCUUUUAAGCACAAGGGGGCUAUCCUGAAAAAUACUGUUUCGAGAAAAUCGAAGGUAUAGUUUUUGCCCCUUGUUCAGUUUCUUUAAUACUUUAAAAUUUAAAAGACAAGGAGAGUUUUCUCUUAUAACCAAACAAAUAUACGCACCAAUGAAACCAAACUUCUCCUACAGGUAGGGCAAUGCCCGCUUUAAGUGUGGGUCAAGAUUUCUACAAACCCCUAAAAUCUGGGUUACCUCGCUUGUCCUUGAAAGCGACCAUUUGUACGUUGCUGUAAUUGAAGACUGUUUGUACAUGCUGCAUACUUUCUGUACACUGCUAUUUAUACCUUCCACUGUGUUAGUGCAAUUUACAAUCACCCGAUGUAUUGGUUUUGUCCAUUCUAGCCCAGAAUUUUAUUUCACGUUAUUUCUUCUUUCUAUCUGCCGUUGUUUGUACGUCGUUGUUGUAGUCUUCGGCAGACGCCUUCCACCUGUAGCUACAGUAGUGAAAUUUUUUUUUUUUUUCAAUACAAAUAAAAGUUCAAGAAAGAAUAAUUAAUUUUGUCUGACCUCAGUAUGGCAGGGUUUGGAAGAAACUUUCGCCAUGUGCUUUUUUUUGUGUGGAUAGAUUAGCUAAACUAAAACUUGGCCAGGCCAUGAGUGUUUUCAUUUGCCAUCUGGGACGUGCACGUCUCUCGCAGAACACACGACGUGUCGCUCUCAUUGGUUGUUGGUUGGUGAGAGAAGUUUUUGGAAAGUGUGAAAAAACAAUUGAAAUUAUACAAAGCAAUGUAAGGAGAUAUAUUUUGAAAUAUGUAUUGGAAAUUUCUCUGGAAAAAAUAUAACAUUUAUUAAUCUACUUAA